GAUCAAGCCCCCAACGUCACCACAUAAACAAUGGGCGAUUGAUUGUCUGUCAAACUUUCUUCGAGGCGACACUAAAAGCACCCACCGAAGCCACCUGAUAUUAUGUUACGGGUUCCCAAAUCAGCCACGUAUCACCUGGGGUUGGACGCAAUACAUUUCCACAUGUCCCGACGCGACGCAGUGCAACGAUGAGGUCCAACUCCAACUCAUCAUCCCCAUCCACUCGCUUCGACAUGACCAUGGGCUCCAUCAAGAGAACCGACUCGUCCUCCCCGGGCGCCCGCAUGUAUCACGACGAUCAAAGGGACCAGAAGCCCGACGCUCAGGAGCCCUUCCUGGGCUCCGAACCCUCCGAUCGCCUCCUCGACGGCGACGGCGACGGCGACGAUGACGCAUCCAUGCGUCCCGUGACUCCCGUCGCGGUCGCAGACGCCUAUGCCAACCGUCGCGACGCCGCCGCCGACCUCCUCCGCAAGAUGGGCAAGCCGGCGGACUACCGCGUCGCCGUCACCGCCGAGGACGACGAACGCGUGCUACGCCGCAUCGACCUCGUCGUCCUGCCGCUGAUGCUGGCCGUGUAUUUCCUCCAGGGGAUCGACAAGACCACCCUCGCGUACGCCUCCGUCUUUGGCCUCAUCGAGGAUACCGGCCUGCGCGACAACCAGUACUCGUGGCUCGGGUCCGUGGUGUACAUCGCCCAGCUUAUCAUGCAGUUUCCCCUGGCCUGGCUCCUCGUGAAGUUGCCCAUCGGCAAGUUCACGAGCUGGAUGGUCGCGCUGUGGGGAGUUACUCUGGUGCUCAUGUCUGGGGCGCGUGCUUUCCCGUCGUUACUCGUCGCGCGCUUCUUCCUCGGCGCGUUCGAGGCCAGCGUCGCGCCUAGUUUUGUGGCCAUUACCCAGAUGUUUUGGCGUCGGAGGGAACAGCCUUUGCGGAUGAGUUACUGGUAUGCCAUGAAUGGCCUCACCAACAUGUUUGGGAGCGUGAUCACCUACGGGCUUGCCAACAUACCAUCUUCUCUGCGGCCGUACCAGGUCAUAUUCCUCUUCUUCGGCUUUGUCACCGUCGCUUUCUCUUUCGUCCUGUUCGCUUAUAUGCCCGAUUCGCCUAUCGAGGCCAAGUUUCUCACCGACGAGGAUAAGCUAAUCGCUAUUGAGCGGCUCAGGAUGAACCAGACGGGCGUGAUGUCUCGGCAGUGGCGGCAUGACCACCUGCGCGAAUCACUGUGGGAUCCCAAGACGUGGCUCUGGUUUGCCCUCAUCUUCUUCAUCUCGGUCCCGUCAGGCGGCGUGUCUACGUUUGGCCCUCUCAUUGUUCAGUCGUUCGGCUUUGACUCCUUUGCCACCAUCCUAUUUAACGCUCCUUUCGGUCUUGUCCAGCUAAUUUCCACCAUCGGCGGUGCACUCGUCGCCAUGAAGUACCACAGGAAGGGUCCCGUCAUCGCCGUGUUAUCCAUCGCGCCUAUCGUUGGGUGCGCCGUGCUGCUUGCGACGCCGCGUGACCCUGCCUACCGGGCGAGCUUGCUUGGAGGGUACUAUCUCAUCUCGGUCUAUCCGGGCAUCAUCCCUCUCAUCUACUCGUGGUCCGCCGCCAACACGGCCGGCGACACCAAAAAGAAGUGCACAUCGGCCGUGCUCUUCGUCGGCCAGUCGCUCGGUAACAUCAUCGGGCCGCUGCUCUACACCCCGUCCGAAGCGCCCGAGUAUUUCCGCGGCCUGCAGUCGAACCUCUUCCUGUACUGUGGACUCAUUGCGCUGGUUGCCAUGACGACCGUGUACCUCAGGCAUCUCAACCGUGAGCACAGCCGCCGGCGCGUUCGGCUGGGUAAAUCUGCCUCUAUGGUGGACUACAGCCUGUACUCGGCAGAAGACGCAGACCGGGCACGUCGGGCUGCGGAGUUAGACAGCGCGCAGGACCCCGAGCCGGGAGAGACGGGGAGGACAGACGGAGGUUCCCAAGGUCGUGUCGGCACCCGGGCCUUUGACGACAUGACGGAUUUUCAGAAUGAGGAGUUCCUUUAUGUCUACUGAUGUAUUACUACCAGAGGGGGGGGGGGAGAAGAAACGGC